AAAAAGUCGAGCAGGCCGUGUGUAGUGAGUGCAGCGCGCUUGAAAAAGAUGGACUCGCGACAUUCGCUCCCAACGACGCGGUAGUGAAUAGGUUGAUCAAAAUACUAACUAAGGUUUGAUCUGUCUCCUGUAUAUACGAUUUGAUGUGAUCCGAGGAAGGCGUAUUCGCGAGGACCGUAAAGGCAGAGCGGCUGUGCUCAAUUGCUCCUACUAUUGAUGCUAUAUUUGAUGUAUACAAGAAAUUAUUGAUUCAAAAAUGAUACAAACCGGAAACUGGAAGGCAUGAGUCGACAAGUACCUAGAGACACCCAAAAAAGAGGAUGUGUCCGACCACCUCAUCUGGAUAUUCUAUGGCUUCCUCGAGCUGCCAUGAAGUCCGUGGAAGGAGAUCCUUCAGACUGCGUUCUAGUAGUCGGUGUCUCAAGGCCAAAGAUGGCGCUUGGUAUACUCACAAUAAUGCUACUUUCUCUCUUCCUAACCUUUCACAUGAUAUACGAUACUGCUAUAAAUAGCUUGCAGAGCAACGCCGCUGAUCAUGCUAGGCCACCCUUGAUUCUUCUGUCUAGACGUCUUUACCCUUCAGCUGCUAGGAGAUUACCCCAGGCUAUCAUCAUAGGUGUGAGGAAGUGCGGGACCAGAGCUCUGCUCGAAAUGUUGUAUCUUCAUCCGAUGGUGCAGAAGGCAGCGGGGGAGGUACAUUUCUUCGAUAGGGAUGAUAAUUACAAUAGAGGAUUGGAUUGGUAUAGGAUGCAGAUGCCGCAUUCUUAUCCUGGACAGAUAACGAUUGAGAAAAGUCCCAGUUACUUCGUGACACCUGAGGUACCUGAGAGAAUACGAGCAAUGAACGCCAGCGUCAAGCUACUCCUCAUAGUGCGAGAACCCGUAACAAGAGCAAUAUCAGACUACGCCCAACUCCGUGCCAACGCUGCUACCGCAUCUCCAAUAGUACCGCCCACAGCCUCCAAAUCCUUCGAACAGCUAGUGCUCCAUCCCAACGGCUCAAUAAACGAAGCCUACAGACCCCUAUCCAUCUCAAUAUAUCACCACUAUCUCCACAGGUGGCUAGAGGUGUUCCCCAAGGAACAAAUCUUGGUCGUGAAUGGUGAUUUACUGAUAGAAGAUCCCGUGUCUCAGAUACAGAAAAUCGAGAGCUUCCUCGGCUUAGAACCUAGAAUAGGCACGCACAAUUUUUAUUUCAAUGAAACAAAAGGUUUUUAUUGUUUGAGAAACGAAACGUCGGAUAGAUGCUUGAAAGAGACCAAGGGUAGGAAACAUCCCAGGGUGCACCCUAGGGUGUUGUCGAAAUUGAGGAAGUAUUUCGGUGAGCAUAAUCAGAAGUUUUAUGAACUUAUCGGGGAAGACAUGGGAUGGCCUGAGGAAUAGAUAGGUUUUCUGUAAUUUUAUGAUGAAUCAAUAUACUGGGUCAUCUUUGUUUUUUCGUACAUUCCUCAGACAUUUCUGGAUCUGAUAUGGUAUUAUCUGACUCGGUUAAAUAAAAUAUGAUCAGAAAUAUGAGACUUGAAUCUGAAAGAAUCUUUCUCAGGAUUCUGCCACCACUACGUUGGAAAUCAACUCAUAGACUUUACUGCUUUCAAGGGAAGUAUCAGAGCUGUAGAGCGUAGAGCAUUUUAUUGUUUUCUUAGAUUUUCAAAUCUUCAGUUUUUCUUCAGAGAAAUAGUCCUUUCACUAAUGAAUUCAUUCUUAGUCAAAAAAAUCAAUAGUAGGUAAUCAUUUCCAAAUCAUGGAUAAACGUUUGUCAACUGAGUUUAUCCCUGGAAAUCCAUGUGCUAUAUUAUGUUGUUUUCUCGGAUCUGUUCUGAGGCAUGGAAGCCUGGAACCUCGCUGAAGUAUUUAAGAGGCUAGCAGCUUUCGAAAUGUGGACCUACCGCAGAAUUUCUCUAAUAUCAUGGACAUCCAAUGUAAAAGUACUAAGGCGAAUGCAAAAGAGAACAUAGAAACAGUGGAAUCUACAAUAUUUUGGACACAUAUUGCGAAGUAACAAAUACCAAGUAAUACAGCUAAUUUUGCAAGUCAGAAAGUAGGGUGAGAAGGGACCAGACAGAAAGAAGCAUUCAUAGCAAAUUGUUUAGACAAACUAUGGUACAACUUUUAGGGAACGCUGCCAAUAAGAAAGAAGCAUGCCAUGCUGAUUGAUAAUGUCCGAAACUAAUAGAACAGGCCAAGAAGAAGGUAAUCAAAAAAACUUUGAAAGAUAAUAAAUAAUAAUAAAUGAAUGCAGUUGACGAAAUUCAAAGAAACUUACUCAUAAAUCACAGAGCCUUGUGAAUUCAUGAUGAUUUAUCGCUGGUUAUCUCUAAAAAGAGGCUAAUUGCACUUGCUGUGCUCAUUUUAACCAGUUCGUGGCUUCAUGGUGAGCAGAAAAUUAUCUUGCAAGAGCUGUGAUCUGACAUCAUUCGAAUGGGAAUGAUCAGUUAUUAACAGAAUCAUGAAAUCAUUGUUACCCGUUAAUAUACAGCUAUGAUCUUCAUUAUCCAGCUAAAUAUGGGCUAAGCAAAGACAAAAGAGGGUCAAUUCAAACCUAUUGGUUCUUGAAGAAAGACAGCUGACAGAAGAGUAACAGUUUUGUAGAGUGUUAUUCUGCUCUUAGGUCUUCUCGUUGUCUCAUUCCUUCUAGUUAAUCUUAUCAUCAUCCUUCGUUGCAUUGAGUACACAUCUGAAGAUUGCUUUGGCUUCAUGUUGUAUGGAUGAAAUGUAGCUGAACAAUAUGUGGGUUCUGUUGCGUUUACCCACACUGUAACUCAUUAGGUAGAUAAUUACUUGUCUUUCACUUCUAUCGAAUCUUCCACUCGAAGUCAAAUUCGAGACAGGAUUCCUCAAAGAAUUAUAUUCGGAGAAAACACCACCAGAAAGAACUUUCCCAACUUUCGCGUCAUCCGAUAAAGUUGAUGAUCGGUAAUUCAAUAGGAAGGGUCGCAGAGAUAAUAAGAUAAACAACACCAUGUACAAGAUCAUUAUCACGGAAAGUUUCAGAAAGGUUUUAAGUCCCCUCUUCGACCAUAUUUCAGAACGUUUAAAUUUAGGUGUGAUAAAGUGUGGACCAGAGAAGGAGAGCCAUACAAAAUAUCGUUAGGGUAAAGUUUGCAGUUAGAAACAAGAAGAGUUCUAAUUUAGAGAUGUUUCAGAAGUUUCGAAUGGCCGAAGUUAAUUUGAAGCAGGAUUUAGUUAUUUAUAGACAAAUAUAAUUUGCAAUUAUUCUCCUCUGAAAGGUUUAAUAGGAAAUUUUUGUAUCGGAUUCAGUGAUUUCGAAUUCUCUUCUACCCGACUUCAAUUUAGAAAAGUGCUCUUCAAAAGAUGUGGACUUUUUGCUUGUUAUAUAGAUACUCGUUAGGGUUGCAGCUAGAAAAACUGUGCUCCUCAGAAACAUCAAAAGGGAUUCUAUUUCCAGGUUCCUUUGUCAGAUAAUACCUAUCAGAUGCCAUACUGUUCCACGUCAUCGAUCAUCCGAUAUUGGUAGUUCAUUUUUUCAGUUUUUCAAAUUUCGGCUCGAAAAGCCAAGUGUGUUGCUCAAUGAAAUGCAUCUUCGAUGAUGAUCUGAAUGGGGCAAUCUAUCCGACAAUUUUUAUUGAAAAGAGUCAAAGAAGGUUCUUUAGAUCAUGUAAGUGUAAAAAAAUGGGAAUCAUAUAUUCGAAAGGUUGAUCUUAAUGUUCAAUUUGAUAAUUCUUUAUUCUUGUUGAGUAACCUGGUGAUACCAAAGUAACGAAACAUAUCAUUGAUAAACUAAUAACAUAUCAUA